GGGUGGUGAGGGAGAGAGAGAGAGAGAGAGAGAGAGAGAGAGAGAGAGAGAGAGUGCCAAUUGGCCGUGUGUAUUUUCAAAAUCCCACUUUCCCUCUUCGCUCUCUGCGUUGGUCUUCUUCUUCUUCACGUUUCAAACCCUGAACCCACAAAACCAGAAGAACCAGAACGAGCUCGGAGUGGGCUCCCUCUCAGUCCCAAUGAAACCGAAACCAGCACCAAUUAACUAGACCUUAGCUAUUCCCCUGACUGUAUACUGUAUAGUAUCUGCAAGGCUAUUUUCCAAAAUUACCUUUCUAUCCCCUCCCCCAAACAGAAAUGCCGGUAAGAUCCGGCCAUGGAUAGGGAGGCGAACCUUCCGGCCCCACACGCUACGGCGAGGUCCAUCAUUCAUCCGAACACCCACCCCGAUUCCACUUCUUCCUCUUCUUCUUCCUUCACCUCUUCCUCUCCUCCUGACUUCCUCCGCCAUGUUCAGGCUGCUUUCAAGCGCCACCGCCCUAUCGGGAUGAUGCAGUUAAAUGGCCAAGGACCGAGACGUAAUGUGGUUCCCCAACGACAAGCGUCUAGAAGUUCAGCUUCAACCAUACGUCCUUUUGUAGACUCAAAGUCUCAAGGAGCAGUUUCAACGGGUCAGGAUAUCGCAGUUAAAGAUUCAGUGAUGCAGUUAAAGAAUAUGGCUACCGUUGUCAAGGAAACUCAAGAAGAUGCAGCCAUAUCACCUCCUUCACUUUCAGGCACUAUUACCAAAAUAUUUGAUGAGAAUUUAAAUCCAUUUGAUGUGCAGAGGGAUCAAAUCAAGUCUGUGCUGCAUUCAGAGUCUCAACACAUCGAUGGUCAGAAAAAAGUCCAAUUUGCUAUUGCAAGCAAUGCCACUUCCCAGGAAAUGGAUUGGGUUGCAAGCAACCAAGUAGAGGCAUCAACUGUUAUUAAUCAUGAGGUGAAGCACCAGAAUAUUCGGAAUACAGAAUCUGAUAUCAGUUUGAGGUCUGAUGGUGGGAUAUCCUCUUUGUUGGCAAAGAGAACAACUAAUGUUCAGGAGCAGUUGCACCAGUUCAGGAACUUCUUAGGCCAGCCAAAUACUCAAUCUUCAGUUGCAGGGCCAUCAUGUGCUACAACAACAUCUGUGCAUUCAACUUCAGCACCUAUGCUUAAUUCAACUACUAAUUGCUCCCAUCUGUAUGGUGGUUCUCAUGUGUCAGUAGAAGCCUCAGGGGAUUUUAAUGUGAAUCCGCAGCCUGUAACCCAUGGGAAUGUGAUUCAACCAUCAAUUCCUUCUUUUAAGGACACAGGUGGGGAGUUAAAUGAUAAGAACACUGUUGCAGUCCAAACUUCUAAAUCUGCAAGUGAUAAUCGAAUGGAAGUUAAAGAACAUGAACUUUCAAGGGAAAAACAGGGCUGUGUGCCCAAGGAGAGUAGCUUUUCAAGAAAUCCUUCUCUUCUUGAUGAUAAGCCAGUUGAAGGGAGAAAAGUUGUUGGUGAUGCUACUGAUGGUCAACCCCAGGUUCCAUUGGCCAAAGAUUUAUCUUCUGAUGUGAAGUUGGAGCCUUCUAAAGUAGUAAAGCAAGAUAAGGUUGCAAGUGGUAAAGGUGCAUCAGCCCCUCGUAAAAGGAAUUAUGAUCCUGACUUGUUUUUUAAAGUCAAUGGAAAGCUCUAUCAAAGGCUUGGCAAGAUAGGCAGCGGAGGAAGCAGUGAGGUCCACAAAGUCAUAUCAUCUGAUUGUACAAUCUAUGCACUUAAAAAAAUCAAGCUCAAAGGACGUGAUUAUGCAACAGCAUACGGAUUUUGUCAGGAAAUCGAGUAUUUAAAUAGAUUGAAAGGAAAACGCAACAUCAUACAGCUUAUAGACUAUGAGGUAACAGAUAAGGCUUUGCUCCAGGAAGUUAUGAGUGGCUCCAUGAAUAAUAAAGAUGGCAGAGUCAAGGACGAUGGAUAUAUAUACAUGGUACUUGAAUAUGGGGAAAUUGAUUUGGCUCACAUGCUUUCUCAGAAGUGGAAGGAAAUGGAUAUGUCCAACCAAUCCAUAGAUGAGAACUGGCUUCGGUUCUACUGGCAGCAAAUUCUUCUCGCGGUUAACACCAUACAUGAAGAACGUAUUGUGCACUCUGACUUGAAACCAGCUAAUUUCCUCCUUGUCAAAGGCUCCCUAAAGCUAAUUGAUUUUGGUAUUGCCAAAGCCAUAAUGAGUGAUACAACAAAUAUCCAAAGGGAUUCACAGGUGGGGACACUGAGCUACAUGUCUCCUGAAGCAUUUAUGUGCAAUGAGAGUGAUGCAAAUGGGAAUACUAUCAAAUGUGGUAGGCCAUCGGACAUCUGGUCCCUCGGCUGCAUCCUUUAUCAGAUGGUAUAUGGGAGGACCCCCUUUUCAGAGUACAAAACAUUCUGGGCAAAAUUCAAAGUCAUUACAGAUCCAAACCAUGAAAUUCUGUAUGAGCCAGUUUCAAAUCCUUGGCUUCUUGAUCUCAUGAAGAAGUGCCUUGCAUGGGACCGCAAUGAAAGGUGGAGGAUUCCUCAGCUACUUCAACAUCCUUUUCUUGUCCCCCAUCAGUCUUUGUCUCAAGACCAAAGCUGUAGACUGCUUCAACUUCUUUCGGAAACUUGUGGCAGUGAUUCUGAAGCUUCAAAGCUAUGUUCUCAGCUCCAGCAACUGCUUAGGGACCCAGUCCCGACAACACCAUCUCAAUUAAUAGCAUCACAUGACGAACAGUGUAAAUUGCUUUCACAAAUGUCGAAACUUUGCUUUGAGCUAGAGGAAUGUUUGGCAACUCGGAGACAGAAGAAUAGGUGAGUUCCCAACAUGCGAUUCAGAAUUCUGCCCCAACAACUGGCAAACUGGCUUCAGAGAACUUCCUCACUGUAUGUCUUCCUCAAGGAAUCAUUCCUGAUCAUAACCGUUCACUUCCCUCAUUUUGUAAUAAUAUGCAAAAUUCUAGUCAUUUUUUUUCUGAGGUAGAAGGUAGGAAAAUUGCUCGAGGGCUUGGUGCAGAAUUACAUUAUCUUUUUGUCCUCGAUAUAGUUUGGUGUGUUGUUCUUAUUACUAGUUUCCUGUAUGCAGCAUGACAAUCAAUUACAUAACUCUGUAAACAUUCAUGUAUAGUGGGGGCUGUACCAAUUGUUCUGUAAGGUUUUAAAUUAAUCUGAAAAUAUUCUUUACAGCCA